CCUCUUCCUCUAUCUCUCUCUCUCUCUCUCUCUCUCUCUCUCCUUCCCCCUCUCCCAUCUCAUCACCACCACCCACCCAACCUCACCACCACCACAAACCACCCUCCUCCCCUUUAAUUCUCUUCUCUCUUUUCUUUUUCUUUCCGUAGUUCGAUUCUUAAUCCCACAGUCACCAUGGAAGAGGAAGUCGCUGCUCUCGUCAUUGACAAUGGUUCGGGUAUGUGCAAGGCCGGUUUCGCCGGUGACGAUGCUCCCCGUGCCGUCUUCCCCUCCAUUGUCGGUCGUCCCCGUCACCAUGGUAUCAUGAUUGGUAUGGGUCAGAAGGACUCCUACGUCGGUGAUGAGGCACAGUCCAAGCGUGGUAUCCUCACCCUCAGAUAUCCCAUCGAGCACGGUGUCGUCACGAACUGGGAUGACAUGGAGAAGAUCUGGCACCACACCUUCUACAACGAGCUCCGUGUCGCCCCUGAGGAGCACCCCGUUCUCUUGACCGAAGCCCCCAUCAACCCCAAGUCCAACCGUGAGAAGAUGACCCAGAUCGUCUUCGAGACCUUCAACGCCCCCGCCUUCUACGUCUCCAUCCAGGCUGUCCUGUCGCUGUACGCCUCCGGUCGUACCACUGGUAUCGUUCUGGACUCUGGUGACGGUGUCACUCACGUCGUCCCCAUCUACGAGGGUUUCGCCCUCCCCCACGCCAUCUCGCGUGUCGACAUGGCCGGUCGUGACCUGACGGACUACCUCAUGAAGAUCUUGGCCGAGCGUGGUUACACUUUCUCCACUACCGCUGAGCGUGAAAUUGUCCGUGACAUCAAGGAGAAGCUUUGCUACGUCGCCCUCGACUUCGAGCAGGAGAUCCAGACCGCCUCCCAGAGCUCCAGCCUCGAGAAGUCUUACGAGCUUCCUGACGGCCAGGUUAUCACCAUUGGUAACGAGCGCUUCCGUGCUCCUGAGGCUCUCUUCCAGCCCAGCGUUCUGGGUCUCGAAAGCGGUGGUAUCCACGUCACCACCUUCAACUCCAUCAUGAAGUGUGAUGUUGAUGUCCGUAAGGAUCUGUACGGCAACAUUGUCAUGUCUGGUGGUACUACCAUGUACCCUGGUAUCUCCGACCGUAUGCAGAAGGAGAUCACCGCCCUUGCUCCUUCCUCGAUGAAGGUCAAGAUCAUUGCUCCUCCCGAGCGCAAGUACUCCGUCUGGAUCGGUGGUUCCAUCCUGGCCUCCCUCUCCACCUUCCAGCAAAUGUGGAUCUCCAAGCAGGAGUACGACGAGAGCGGUCCCUCCAUCGUCCACCGCAAGUGCUUCUAAGCUCUUGCGCGUGAUUCGUUUCGUACUCUCAUAUUCCCUCAUGUAUCAAAAGACCCGACGGAGACACUGGUGACUGGCGGGCCCUCUCUGACUCGCACUAGGAGGAAGAUCGCCUGAAAAAGGAACUUUUAUUUUAGCUGUCGAAUAGAGAUGGUUUUUACUUUUUUUUCAUUUUGAAACACACUUGCCAC